AUAUUCCAGGCCUGGCAAAGCUUAAAAGUGCUGAUGGGGAGCAGGAGGCCGGAGCCCUGCAGCGCCAUGGGCUUUUGUGGGGCCCCUUUGUUUGCCAGCGUGUGAGCGGAUAAAGCGACACCCCCCAGCCCCCGGCCAGGCACUCGCAUCUGGGACCAUGGCUGCCUGGACCCUGCUGAGCCUCGCUCUGCUGCUGCCUGUAUCGCGGUGCUCCGGCCCCGAGCGCCAUCAGCAGGGCGGAGUCCUCCGCCUCGACUGGCCUGAGAACUGCGGGCUCGCGCACUUCAGCCCUACUGUGGCCGAGCGCAUCGUGUCCGGCAGGGAGGCCCGCCCCCACUCCUGGCCAUGGCAAGUGUCAUUGCAGGUUCGCCCCAGGGGGAGUAAGGCCUACGCCCACGUGUGUGGUGGCACUCUCAUCCACAAGGACUGGGUUCUGACAGCGGCGCACUGCUUCCAGAAGGGAAAGGUGGAGGAUCCGGGCAGGUGGCGCAUCGCUCUGGGCAAACACCGGCUACGGCGGGUGGAGGCCAGCGAGCGCACGGUCCCCGUGCGCCACAUCUACCGCCAUGAGCGCUUCCUUUACCCGGCACUGGGCGAGCUCGACUACGACAUCGCGCUCGUCAGGGCCGGCGCGGAGAUGCGGCCCAGUGAAUACGUGGGUUACGCAUGUCUCCCGCGGAAAGAGAGCACCCCACAGGCUGGUCACUACUGCUGGGUGACAGGCUGGGGGGACACGCGAGGCGGAGAGGAGAACGUCACCCUGGCCGAAGCCCUCAAUCAGGCCCGCUUGCCCAUCAUUGACUUCAACACCUGCAAGCAGAAGAAGUUCUGGGGAGACCGUGUGCGCGACUCCAUGAUUUGCGCUGGCUUCCGCCACACGGAGGGCCCUCCAGCUGCCUGUCAGGGAGACUCAGGCGGCCCCCUGCACUGCAGGCGUGGUCACGGCCGCUGGGAAGUACACGGCGUCGUCAGCUUUGGCCCAGUUGGCUGCGCAGUGGAGAACAAGCCCAGUGUCUUCACGCGCACUGCCGCCUACCUGCCCUGGCUGGAAGCCACCCGCAUCAGAGACUUCUUCCUGCACUGACCCUGGGCCUCCGGCACCUUCCGGAUUAGCCACUCCAUCCAGACAGGUGGGGGACCCCGGCGGUCAACAUCAGAGGAGCAGAUGUGACCUUCCAGCAACCCCCCCCCCCCAAUACUGCCUUUAGCUGUUCUGUAAUCAAUCCCAUGAAGGACCGGUCCCACAGCAUGGCCGAAGGCCAGCCGCCAGCUCAUGUCCAGGGAACGUUUCUGGUUACAAGGUUACUGGGCUAAGGUUCCUGCAGUAUGGUGUCUCCAUAGGCUGCAAACAGACCGUCUGCAGAAUCCUGCUCACGUUGCGGUGGGCGGGGCUUACAGUACACACGCCCCCAUAGUUUCACCAGCCAAUCAGCAGCUCAGGAAAUCUAUCACUCAUGUAAGCGGUUCAGUGUUCUGGGCAAAGGAGUUACCACUGAAAAAUAA